AUGGGAACACCUCAAUCCCUAAACGGCUCUGUAAAUUUCCUUCUCGCGGCGUCAAUCAUCUCGAUAUUGUCGAUUUUAUACUUGGAGCUCGCACCACGGUUCGCGGGCCGGCUCGGGCACCCCUAUGCAUAUCUUGGCGUGGAAGGAAUGAACACGGUCUUCUACUUUGCCGGGUUCAUUGCCCUCGCAGUCUACGUGGGCAACCUGACGUUUUGCACGGGCAGAAUAUGCAGCGCUGCUCGGGCCGACGCAGUUAUUGCCGCGGGAGCAUUUUGCGCGUGGAUAGCAUCAACCAUCCUGACAGCAAAGCAAAUGAUUGUGGGAGGAGCCGUUGAAAGGCGGAAGGCGAUCGAGAUGCGUGAGGUUUGA